AUGCUCUGUGCGAAUAGCAUUCGUCAUCUUGGGGGACAAUCCACCGCGGGCGUUGGCAUGUACGACUGUUUUGCUUAUCGUGACUUACACAAUGACUCCUUCAACGCGCCCGAUUGCGGGUACACGUUGUCGACUGUUCUGUUUUCUCAAUACCAACUCAUCCCUGUGCACUCGUGCUUUGGCGGGCUGGCAAUGUACAAGCCGGACAAGUUUUUGGAGUGCCGCUACGACCCCAGCGUUUACGAUUGUGAGCAUGUUGUGUUUCACCAGUGCAUGCGCCAGAAAGGAAGCAACGGCCGUAUGUUCAUGGACCCGCUGCUGACGACGAAUUACGACACCUGGACCCAGCUCGGCUGCUACUCGGACGCUGCGAACGCCAAGGCGCUCUACAAGCAUGACGAAGCACUGUUGCCGAGCGCGCAAAAGGACGACGACCGGGCCCAGGCGUAUCCCAAGAAGGCUCGUUGCCACGAGCUUCUCGCGGACUCAGCGAGGGGAGACGACGUCUGCGACGAGCAGCGCGCGACCACCAGCACCGUCGCCAAGAACGUGCUGCAGUGCAUGAGCUUCUGCACAGGCUCCAAAUUUGUCCAGUGGGCCGACCCGAAAGUCUUGGCGGAUGGCGCCUUCUGCCGUUGCUACGAAGAGAACCAGUGCGAGAUGACUCGGGCAGCAGCCAGCUUGGACUCGCGCACCAGGGUGUACAAAUGCUACGACACGUGA